AUGUGGCAGUGCGAGACGCCUUGGUUCUCGUCGCAGGUGGAAGCGACCAUCAACCGACGGCUCCUCCAGUAUUGGCUGGAAAGAGUAAGUCAGAUGCUGGUAAUUGACCCCGACGACAAUCCUUAUUCGUUCCCCGCAUUGGAAUACAUUACAAAAUCCUCGGCACUGGUACAUAUCAUCCAGUCAAUUAGCGCCCAGCAUGAGCAAUACUUCCCUACGCAAGCCCCAAUUAUUGCCCUUGAAGAGAGAGGCAAAGCCUUGGUGUCCUUCCGGAAGGAGUUGGAACAUGUGGAGACCACGCCGCGAGCAUCUCUUCUCACUGCCAUGCUGCUGGCAUUGUCGCAUGGAGUCGACUCCGACAUGACAGAUUUUGGGAAGGAACAUUUGUUUGCAGCACGGAUUCUGAUCAAUAGAAUGCUCCAAGACACGUCCGCUCUUUCUGAGCCUGAUUGCCUUCCACGGCUGUGCUUCGGGAUGUAUCUCUACACGGAUAUGUGUUCUGCGUUUCUUGUGGAUCCGGACGAGCAACAGCAGUUGAACUCGCUAGAGUUUGCCAUCGCCGUGCAGAGAAUGGGUCUCUGGCAUCAUCCAAUGUACGGAUCCUGCACGGAGCUUCUCUUCAUAUUGGCAAACGUGGGUCGUUACUGUCGGCAAGUCAUCCACUCGCAGCGACGCAAUCCCUCUCGAGAGGCUAUCCUGGAGCAGCAGCUCUAUAAGUGGAGCGCAUGCUCUGCAAUACCUGCCUUGGACCUCCUAUACGAGGCUUUACGCAAGCACGGCCUCAUCUUUCUUUAUCGAAUCACUGGAUGGAAUGCUUCCUUUACAAACCCGGCUUUGAAGGAGUCUAGUUUGGAGGCUGUAAUCCAUCAUUACGCUAUAGAAACCGUCCAAGGUCUCCUUCAAAUUCCCAUAACCUCUAAUCAUUUGAAUUUCCAGUCUCUUCCACUCCUUACCGCUGGGUCCGAACUUGGCGCAUCAGAGCCCGGUUUGCGGGAUCAGGUUCGGCAGAGAUUUCGAGCGGUGUACUCCCUUAACCGGCUACCUGCAAAUCUCCAUGCUCUCCAACUCCUUGAGGAACUCUGGGCUGCUCACGAUAGCGGCAAGUCAUGUUUCUGGGUGCGUUACAUGCUGCAGAAAGGAUGGCGGUUGCUUCUAGGAUGA